CGGCCCAGAUGACAGCUUUGCGCGAUUCUUUCCUUCCCGAUCUGGAGAGCCCGACAAAGCCAAGUUGGUGGCAGAGCGAAUCGGCAUAGUGUCGAUAGAACAGACGACUUAAUCGUCCUUGCCAGCGUUGGUCGUGAUGGCGGCUUUAAUGCAACAUCGAUUCACCGAUACCGAGUACAAGAACUGGCUGAAAACUACCAUGACUCUGCUGUUACUGAGAACCAGGCUCGAAACGUUUCUGGAAAACGAAACCGAAACCUUUCACUCUCAGCUCGGCAAUAAAUUGAUGGGACAGAAGUGUCAGGCUCGCCCCCCGUGUAAUACGAAAAGCUGCGGACCUCAAGGCACCAAGCCUCCUCAGGUGUGUCCCGCUUGCACACAGUGGAAAGAUGAAAUCCUCUCGAACCACAGCAACAGGAAAGGGAUUAUUUACUGGAAUAACAGCCGGCCUCAUCUGUGGCCAACAGAGAAAUGGGAAGUGGCAAAGGUCUACAUGCCACGAGGAAACAAGGACCACAGCAAAGUGCAGGAUUUUGAUAUCUCUGCAUUCCUGAAUUUGAUGAAGGUCUGCACUCACUUCAAGAAGUAUGUGAAUACCAUAGCACUGGACCAGGUUACCAAUGUAAGAAACAAGAUGAUGCAUUCGGCUGAUAUGAAGGUGGCAACACAGGACAUGAUGACGCACAUGCAGAAAAUUCUGCACCUUGUUACUGAGCUGAAGAAACACGUGCCUAGCAUGUUCGAGCUGGAGACCGCAAUUAAAGAGCUGCAGGAGACUGAGCUCAACAUUCUGUUAGGGAAUGUGGAGCAGAAGCCUGACUUACCGGUGUUUGAAAGCGGCAGCCUUGUCGACACUUUACUGAGCGUACAGAAGAUCCACGACCUGGAGCAGCAGGCGCUGAAGGAGAAGAUCGAGUCCUUGGCCCUUCGUUUUGAGGAUGAGAAAAUUCUGCCCGAAAGCCAUGAGGAGCUCUGCAUGAUGAAGGAGUUCCUGGAUCAGAACAAGGACCUGCUGGUUCAGCUGGGCCCACAGGUAAAGCAGCUGAACUUCAUCUUUGAGAAAGUACACCUGCAUGACCAGCAGCUCACCGUCCUGACUGAGAAAGUGGACAACCUAGAGAAGAAGAAUGAUGAGCCUAUUUUCAGCGCUGAGGUAGUCAGGUACAAGAACCAUCUCCUGGAAAUGGCUCAGAAGAAUAGGUGGCCCCUCCCUGUGUUCACAGAACAUGCCCAUGCAAAAGGCUACACCGCGAUGGUGGAGGUGAAUGGGCAGAAAUUCGAGGGCAGACAGGUUCAUCUCAGUGUGAAGGCGGCGCACCAGGAGGUGGCAAUGUUGGCGCUGCGGGAACUGGAAAAGCAGGCACCUUCUCUGGCCUCAGGCGAAGACAGCUCUACACAACCCCCAGGACCUCUGCUGAAGCCCACCGACCAAUCAGAAACAUCCUCAACUGCAACAGCCCCGGUGUUUUUAGGAAGUGUGACUGUCACUCUGAACACAGAGGUUAUUGCUCCUGAUGAGUACAGUGAGAAGGAAGAGGCAGUUGAAGCAGCUUAUGACAAAUUAGGCUCCGUGUUUGGCCUGGAAGUCUCUUCUUCAGGCAAAUCAGCUAAGCAGAAAGUCCAGCAACAUUUCUCAGAGUCUGGUUUCACACAGCCAGAGGAGAUACUCCAGACAAGCCCUUAUGGCAAAUUCAGUUGCAAACUGAAAAUCUCUGGGCCCUUUACUUUUAAAAGUCAUGACGGUGUGAGCAAGAAGAAGCUGGUAGAGCAGCAGGCCGCCAGAGUGGCCCUCACCCGUCUGGCUGGGCUCCUCGGCUGGCACGGCGGCCCUGAGGAAAACCACAAGGGCGCACUGAAGGAGCUGCUGGAAAGCAGGCACCUGGGUGAGGCCUCGUAUCACGCAUCAGCGGAGAGCUGCGGAGGAGCUGAUGGAGUAGGAUUCGCUGCUCCUGUGAUUCUCACAGUUACCCCGCUACAGAACCUGCCGGCCCCCAGCUCACAAGACCCCGAUCCACCAGGUCAGAAGCCGGCCCAGGGGCUGGCCCAGGUGACCAACCAUGUGACAGCUGAGCCCUCCCAGGAGCUCUCGGUGUCCUCAGGAGGCCAGCUGUACUUUGCCAGUGUGACUGUGCCUGUGAAGAAAGUGUUCGACCCAGCAGAAACACACAGGAAGAAAAAGGAUGCCAUUCAGGGAGCCUACAGUAUAUUGGCAUUGUCCUUUGGUCUGACUGACACAGCCUCAGCUGCCUCUUCCAGCACAUCCAAACAGGUAGUCUUGGAUUUCUUCGCUAAAUCUGGACUAAACCCACCUGUAGAGACGUGUGAGUCUGUGGACAAACUGUUCACAUGCAAACUGGAGAUCUCUGGAAACUUUGCAUUCCAGAGUCAAGAAGGGGUUUCAAGAAAGCAGCAGGCAGAACAGGGGGCAGCUAAAGAAGCCCUGGCCAGGCUGGCAUUGGUCCUGGGGUGGGACCCUGCCUGUGCUGAUGGGAACUACAAAGGGAGACUUCAGGAGCUGCUGAUAAAGCACGGGCAGGAGAAACCCCUGUACCAGCCUGUUCCUGGACCAUGCUGUGACACUGCCUUUCCUCCUGGCACAGGCCACCAAGUCACAGCCUCAGAGAUCAGCAGUGUGAGAGAAUCUUCAGCUCAGGCCAGUGCGUCACCCAGUGACUCCGUUGCCAUGGUAACACAGCUUGACGAGCUCGAUGAGCUGCCUGCUCAAAGCAAAAUGCCCAGGAUUGAGUCUCCAGAAAUCCAAAGGCUGCUGGAGAAGUGUGGUCUGCAGCCGCCUCAGGUCACCAGCCGUGUGAGCGUGGUGAAGAUGUUUGUGUGCAAAGUGACAGUCCAUCUCGUCGGCCUUGGCAUUCAAACCCAGCAGAGCUGGAGUUCUAAGAAGGAAGCCACGAGAAAAUCAUACCUUAAACUCUGCCUAGUGCUGGGCCUCCAGGAAGCAGAAGAGAUCAAAGCGACGAUGCUUGUGAAAGAGCAUUUCAAGCAGAAUUCAUAUGAUCUCCCCACGGAAGAGUUCACUGAAACUGCAGACAAGAAGUUCAAUUGCCAGCUGAAAGUUGCUUCCUUUACAGUUUCGUGUGAAGGAAAAGGGUCUUCUGAAGACCUAGCCAAAGCCGAGGCCUCCAGGUUCACUCUCUCCCAGCUCACCCACAUUUUUGACUGGGGCCUGGCGGCCAAGGUGCCAAACGGUGAAGACUCAGUGGGCAGGCUCACCACGUUGCUACAGGAGACCCAGCAGAGUCCUCCCACUUUUCAGCUCAUUGACACCCUACACAAGGCCACUGCUCAGCUGAACUUCAACAACUUCUCCCUGGAGAGCAGUGGCCAUCGGCUUGGCUCCAAGAAACUAACACAGAAAGAAGUCAGCACUCGGCUCCUCGGGCUGCUGGGAGAGAUGUGGGAGGAAGAUGCAAGCAACAGCACCCCAGCGAGGAACCGGGUGCAGGAGUGGUUUGAUAAGAAAGGCUGGAAGUCGCUCAAGUUCGAGGACACAGCAGAAAAACAUGGUGUGAAGGUCACCUUCUCGGCCAGAUUUGACUGCUCCCACCAAGAUUGGGAGCCCAGCUGGGAGUGUGCCCAGGAGAAGCUGGGUGAGGAGCUGCAGGCUCGAUUCAAGUACUUGUUUGAAGACAGUGCUGAUCAGAUCUAAGCUGUGUUCUUUAAGCAGCAGCCUGUGCACACUGAUGCCCAGAUUAGCCAAGGAAGAGCUUACUUUACGCAGGGAUUGGCUUUGGAGCAGGCUGGUGCUGUGAAAUCUACCAAAACAUUUUUAACCUGGGGCUCGAGCUCAUGGAAUAACCUUCAUACUGGAUACCUUGCUGAGGAGGCCUGGGAUGAAGGUCGAGGGAUGGAAAAUAACCCCACACAAACUCAUGGCUGGAGACAGUUACACUGUUGAUGAACUGCCUUGAACAGUUUUUCUUCCUCUUGACUUCAAGGAAAUUGACUAAAUUUAAAACGACACUUUUUAGGCUGCUGUACACAAUGACACGGUUGUCAUCUCAAUAACGCUUAUAAAGCAAUGUGCAAAGGAAAUUAUUUUUAAAUGUAAUUUCUUUGGACUUGAUUUAUUAACAACGUGUUGCAAAUUGAUAUUUGAUGUUUGUAAUGGAAGAUGGUAUCACCUUGGGAUAAUAUUGAGAACAUUGUUUCUCAUUUUAUUUUUUGUAAUUGGCAAUUAGAUGAUGGUAAGUUAAACUCUGCAUAAUGGAUUAUUUUAUAUUAUCUAUGUCUUAGACUAUCUUAAUAUGUCUUUAUCCUGUAAUAUUGGCAGAUUGUGAUUAAAAAUCCCAGGUACUCUUACCUUUUGAAAUACACAUGCUAGAUCAGUAAUGGUGUGGAAAAAUGUAACAUUGUGAAAUAGAGAAAAUAUAAUUGCAGCAAUAUUUAACCAAAUAUCUAUUUAAAAUGACUUAAUUGAGCUAAUACUCAUUGUAUUGUCUUAAUUUUAAAUGAAUAACCCAAAAGUUGCAUUGCAUACCAAUCUCUUAACUGUUUAUAU